CCGAGGAAUAAUCCAAUUCUAAACGCUAGUGUUUGUCUUUCUUUGCUGCAAUGGCGGCAUGCCAGGCAGGCACCCAUCUUGUUAGUACAACAGCGCCUCCUGGUGCUCCGGAGGAGUGAACGUAGCCACAGGAGCCUCCACACUGCUCACCUGGUCGUCUAGGUGAGCCCCUCCUCCCCUGACAUCGUGUCCAUGGGAAUGGGAAACAUGACCCCUCCUCUUGGUCACCUGAGCUGAGCAGCUGAAUGUUUAAUGGACUCACACAGCACCAGAACCUGGACCGGGACACACGCUCCACCAGCAGAACCUAGACAAAGCUGUAGCACACAGGUGAUGGUUGCAGGAUGUCAGAAGGAAGGCAGCGAGCAAUGUCAGCCUCAGGGGAGUCCCUGUACCUGCUCUUGGGUCUGGAGCCGGGGUGCAGCCAUGAUGACAUCAAGAAAUCGUACAGGAAGCUGGCAUUGCGUUACCAUCCGGACAAGAACCCAGACCACCCAGAGGCGGCAGAGAAAUUUAAGGAGGUGAACAGUGCACAUGCCGUCCUGUCUGACCCCACCAAGAGGAACAUCUAUGACUCUUACGGCUCUUUGGGGCUCUAUGUGGCCCAGCAAUUUGGAGAAGAUAACGUCAACACCUACUUCAUGCUGUCUACCUGGUGGGCCAAGGGGCUGUUUGCACUCUGUGGCGUCCUGACUGGGUUUUACUGCUGCUGCUGCCUCUGCUGCUGCUGUAACUGCUGCUGUGGACAACUUAAAGCCACACCUCCCGACGAAGGGGCGGAACCGCAAUAUGUGUCCCCUGACGACCUGGAAGAGGAGACCAGUGACCAACCCAGCAACGAUGUCGAGGCAACCGUCAUUCAUCAGCCAGUGAACGCCAGCGAGAAAACUCAGCUGAUCUCUGAUGGACGCCGCAGAUAUGGGGACACCUACACAUGAUGACGUCAGCACGCCUGUUACCGUGACGGCUGACUCACU